AUGGCUGUUCCUUUAUUUUCAUUACAGUUGAGACAUAGUAUAAUACCACGUUUAGUUACAAUUGGUAAAUAUGAUGGAUCGCAUUAUUGCGUAACAGCAGCAACGUCUGAAAAUAAGAUUUUAAUUCAUAGUCCACACAAGCCAGAGAAGGACAUUUCUUAUUUGAAUAUUAAUCAAAAGAUUACAGCCUUAUUAGCAGGAAAAGCUAUUCCAAAUGAUGAAAAAGACAUUCUUGUUGUAGGUACUGUUGGUAGCGUGUUGGCUUAUAAUGUAGAUCUUAACAGUGAUUUAUUCUAUAAAGAGAUACCUGAUGGCGUUGCAGCAAUUUCUAUUGGUAAAUUAAGUUCCAUGAAAGAUCCAGCAAUUAUUAUUGGUGGUAAUUGUUCAAUUCAAGCGUUUGAUUAUAAAGGUAAUGAAAUCCUUUGGACGGUAACAGGUGACAACGUCAGAUCUAUAAUUGUCAUGGAUGUAGAUUUAGAUGGAUCUAAUGAGAUACUUGUUGGUUCUGACGAUUAUGAAAUUAGGGAAUUUAAAGAUGAUAUAAUUGUAAAUGAAAUAUCUGAAACCUCAUCAAUUUGUUCGUUGAUUCAUUUUUCACCAGGAAGAUUUGCGUACGCAUUAGAUAAUGGCACUGUUGGUGUGUACGACAAAUUUCGACGAGUAUGGAGAGUAAAGUCUAAAAGUUCAGUGAAUUUCCUCGAAAAAUAUGAUUUGGAUGGAGAUGGUAAAGAAGAACUGAUAACUGGAUGGUCAAAUGGAAAAGUAGAUGCACGAAACUCUAUUACCGGGGAAGUAAUUUUUAGAGAUGUAUUAUCAACAAGCAUAGCUGGUAUAGUUGUCGGAGAUUAUAGAAGGGCAGGAAAGUGUCAAAUGAUUGUAAUUUCAACUACCGGUGAAGUCAGAGGAUAUGAUAAUACAAGUUUAAAAGUGGAAUCAGGUGUUCAAACUAAUGUUGUUCAUGAUCUUUUACAAAAAAGACAAAUAUUGAUGGCUGAGUUAAAUAACUAUACGAAAGCUUCUCACGAAGGGCAUGGUAUUCCAGGAGAUACACGGCUUAUUACUGAAGUGUCUGUUUCAGAAGAAACCAUUGAUCCAUGUGUAUUAUUAAAAUUGUCAACUAACAAUUCAAUGAUUUUAAAAGCAGUGACAAUAUUUGCUGAAGGCAUUUUCGAAGAUGAAACUCAGGUUAUACAUCCGAAAAGAGAUAAUGUUUCGUCUGAAUUGAAUAUUUCUUUGAUACCCCCAAAAGAUAUAUUAUUAGAUAUUCACAUUCGAGCUUUUGUAGGAUCAAGUGUGGAUAUUGAUCAAUUUCAUGUAUUUGAACUUACUCGACAACUCCCAAAAUUUUCAAUGUAUUUAUUGGUUAAUUAUCCAGAAAAUGAGGAUGUCUUACAAAGUUAUGUCAAAUUUCGCUUAGUUGAAAGAGUGCAAAGGUUGGAUUUAUGGUUAAGUCAAAAUUUUAUUGUGCCACAAACAACUCCUGUAAAAAGUGAUGGUCAACACUUUUGGAAGAUAGCAAUCAAGUCUUUGAGAGAUUCUUCACUUACCUGCAUCACAUUUGAAAAAGAAAUGAUGAGUAUAUUCUCUGAGAAUAUAAACCUUACAGCCGAUAUUAUACAGUCGCUAGCAUCAUAUCUAAACCUUGAUCAGAUUGAUUCUUUAGCAGAAUUUCCCAAAGUCCUCGAUGAUUUAUGGAGAAAUAUGCAAACCGUGAAGACACUUCAGCAAAACUCGAUUAAAUUAAAUACGUCAAUAGCCGAUAGUUCAACUUUGUUAAAAAAUCUUAUUGUACAAGCAGAAGACUUUCGACUUUUAAAUGAUGUAUUUAAUAUGGAAAAAUGCUUGAAUGAGAUUUACCUUAUUGAUAAACAAAUGAUUCAAAAUCAUCAAGUCACAUGUGAAAACCAUGAGCAAUUAUUAGCAACUUUAAAGAAAAUUAAUACAAUUAUUCAAAAUGCGUCUCGAAUUAGAGUGAACAAUAACAAAACCGAAAUCAUAACUACUUAUCGGCAGGCCGUGGCGUCAGAAAAUAUGACCAUUUUGAAAAAACUUAUAGAAUCCGGAAAUAAAUAAGUGAAUAUAUAAUUGAAUUGUUCAAAACUAACAAAAAUGUAAUUUUUUGAUGUAAAAAGUACUACCAAAGUAUGUAUUCAUAUGUUAUAUUAAGACACUUGUUAUACAAAUUAUAUUCAAAAGAACUACAAAAAAGAAAUAUGUAUAGAACAAUAAUCACGUCAUAUGGAGAUAAUUAUGAAUAAAUGUUACUUAUGUAUCUAAAGAAUACACAUAUACAUAUCCUAAGAUUAAAUAUUAUUAUUAA